AUUUGGUAGCGUAGCGCCUCGUACCUUCCUUCUUCCAAUCUCACACAUGACAAACAGAGACAGACAAGCCAACCUGCAAAAAUCCAAAACCCUAUUAGAUUUCCAGUUUUUAAAAUUUCUCAAAAUGCAUGUACUAGGAUUUUGCUAAUUUGAAAAAAAAAAGUAACAAUAAAGCAAAGAUCUGUAAUUCUUUUCUCUUCAGCGAUGGAUAGAAAUGGGAUUUUGAGACUACUUUGGCUGCUCUUCUUGCUUUUUUCUGAUGCUUCUAACACUUCUUUUCUUUCCAAGAUUCGACAAUUGGUUGCUCUCAAAGACGACAGCAACUCCGUCCAAAUCCAAGUACCUCCAUCGCCAAGUCCAGAUCCUGCUAAUGCACUGAAUACGACAAACACUGAGGAAAAUUCUGUUUUGAAAGCUGAUAGUUCGACAAGCAUUAAUAAUAGUAGUAGCAGUAAUAAAAGUGAUAAUAAUAACACGGGAAUUGUGGGUCCAAUCUCGAUUCCGGGGAAUCAAACGGAUAGUGAAGCUGAAAAAAAUAACGAUGAAAAAAAGAAAGUGAGUGAAGAGAAGGAUCAUCAUAAGACGGAUUCGGAAUCGGAGGUUGGCGGGGAGAAUUGUACGAAAGUGGGUAUUAAGAGGUGCACGGACCGCAAGUCGAUGUCUGCUUGCAUUCUUGGGUUUGAUAAUGAAUCCCAAAGGUGGAUUGUUCUUAUACAAAAUUCCGGGGAACGUGAUUUGUCAGUGGAUGUGCAUGCCCCAAAUUCUGUUGACAAUUCUUUGGUUGAACUAGGGAAACACCAAACUAAAAAGAUCAUUUUGACUGUUGGUGAAAACACAGAGGUGAUAUUAAAUGCUAAAAACGGGGAAUGUGUUCUACACUUGGAUCCUCUUGAAUCUCAUGGAAACUUUUUCUUGCACUUCCCAUCUUAUGACCAGCUAAUUACCCCCAUCAAUGGUGCUUACUUCCUAAUUGUUACAGCAGUAGUCUUUGGAGGGACAUUCACUUGCUGCAUGUUUAGGAAGAGGAGACGGGAGGCUGGAACUGCUUAUCAGGAGCUUGAAAUGGCUAUGCCAGAAUCUGGUGUUGCAAAUAUUGUCGAAACAGCAGAAGGCUGGGAUAAUGAUUGGGAUGAUAAUUGGGAUGAAGAAAAUGCAAUAAAGUCACCAGCUGCAUGUCACUCAGCGAGUGUCUCAGCAAACGGCCUUACCUCUAGGAGUCUAAACAAAGAUGGAUGGGAAAAUGAUUGGGAUGACUAGGACUUUUGCAGGGAGAAGGGAAAGAGGAAAGUUCUUCCUCCCCCAGGUUUUGGACAAGGAGGGGAACAAGAAAAUCAAUAGAUAUACAAAACUUAGGAGAUACGAAAAUUUGAUUGUAAAUCAUGACACGAGUGAUUUUGGCAUUUGUAGUUUCAUUUAACAGUGAGAGUCCAGAGAGGAAAUGAAAACACAAAGAUGAUGUAAUCUUUCUGCUUUUUGUGAAAUGUAAAUUGUUUUUGGCUAGCA